AUGUCGGAGGGCGCCGGUUUCUCGGACCUGGUGCAGCAGGCCGGUCGGCUGACCACCGACAUGGACACGUCGGCCGAGCUGCCGCGCGUCGAGCGCAACCUCAAGCAGCUGCUGGAGGCGGGCGCGCAGGACGUCAAGGCCUCGAUCCUGCUCGGCUCGAGGGGUGUCGACCUGCCGGCCAUCUCGCAGCGGCUGGAGUCGCUGGACGCGUCGCGCACCUUCCAGCCGCUCGAGCCCGUCAAGGACACCGACAUCGCCGGCUUUCUGCGCAACGAGCGCGAGAACGCCGUGCUCACCGUCAUCGAGCAGUCGCGCAAACAGACAUUCGACGAGGUGGACCGCUUCCACUGGGAGGCGUUUCAGUCGUGCUGGGAGUUGGAGAAGCAGCGCAUACUGAGCACCCUGGCCACAUCCGAACAAGGUCUUCUGAACGACACCAUACAGCCUGAGGAGCUGGCCUAUGCCGGCGCCGUGGGCGACUACGUCAAGCAGAAGACGCAGGAUGGCUCGCUGCCAGACCUGGGCCGGCUCUGCCGCGACGCCAUGACCGAGCUCAAGGACGACGUGGCCGAGGAGCUGUGGGACACGCUGCGCUGCGUGACAGAGGCGGAGGUGCGCGCGCAGGUGGACCGCUUCUCGGGGAAGGUGCAGGCGGCGCUCAUCGACAGAGCCAAGCGUCACCUGGAAACGAGGUGA